GUUAAACCCGUGGGAAGACGUUCUGCGGUAAGCCGAAAGAGGCUUAUUUCAGUUAAUCAAGGCCAGUGCACCACUAAGGGUGGUUUCUUUCCGGGGCUGCCUCGAGUUGUGCCCAAUGUAGAAGAGCAGGAUAUCACCUCAGUGAUCCCUCGAAAAUAGCUAAAGACUGGAGGUUGUUUUAUUUCUUGUGCAAGAAGAGAAGGAGUCUUCUAAAGAAUCCAAGAGAACAUGAGAUGAAUCAUUGGUAAAUUGUGGAGAACAGUGGUCAUAGAUGGAAAGUAGAGGGAGUCAUGGUGCCACAUCCAAAUGAAGUGGCCCAGAAAAACUUUGUGACCUCCUAUGGCAUGUGUAUGAAGUCCCAGCUGGUUGAUCUGGAGGUGGAAGGGUACAACCUGUCGUUUAUGGAUCAUUUCCAGCCGGACAUCAAAGUAUCUGAUUGGUAUGCACCACGAUGGGAUUGUGGCUCUGAAUAUCAGAUCCGCAUAGAAUUGCUGACUCAAAGUAAGAGGCCUGUCCAACUAUUUGCUGAGACGGUUUACUUUGAGCAGUGGAACGAUCAGAAAUGGAUUCAGAUGACCCAUGUAUUCCAGGACUACGGACCAGGAGUAAGAUACAUCCGUUUCACCCACGGAGACAAGGACACACAGUUUUGAGCACAAUGGUAUGGUAUUCGUGUUACAAACAGCAGUGUUGAGAUAUAUCCAGCAAUGGAGACAUAGCUCUGUGGGAUUAAUCUAAAGCAUGUUUCCUGCCUUUGCCUAAAAUUGCACCUUUUAUCAGAUAUUGUACUGUAUCUUAUA